AUGGUGGGCGAUACAGGUGAGCGCCAGCUGCUUCAUGGUGCUGUAGUUGUCGAACUUCUGGAAGCGCUUCACGAGGUCCUUCGUGAGCGAGUGCCUGAGCACAGGGUUGACGUGGAUGCUGGUGGCGUUGUUAAGGAUCCACUCGUGGUUGAACGCGGCCUUGGCCGUGAGCCUGUACCUGGGGUCGUAGGAGAGGCACCGCGUGAUAAGGUCGAUGGCACCCUUGGAGAUCUUCUUCCAGUGGUGCGGGACGAAGUUGAUGACGCCGCGCUUAACGUUGUUGAGAAUGGUGGCGUUGUCAUUGCCGUGGAAGGGCGGAUAGCCCACCAGCAUGAUGAACAUGAUCACGCCGGCGCUCCACACGUCGCAGCUCUUGUCGUAGUUGCCGAUUAG